CCUUGGAGACCGAGACACUCGUGUAAGCAUCGGGUCUCGGGAAGUUUGAGUGGCCUGGGUUACCGCGCGAUUUGCACUGAGACAAGGAAGUUGGAAAAGCCGCGUAGGCAUUCUGGAAGAUCAGGGCCUCACAGACUCGCAGCUUCUUUCCAAUUUUCCCCAAUGGCUCAUGUCUUACAAAAACCCAAGCACUCUGGGACUUACUCCACAGUCCACGAGUUCCAGGCUACGGAUUAUGUUCUAUGGCGGCAGUCCAAACAGAAAACCAAGCCAUCUACUCUGCCUCCAGUCCGACAAGCCAACAGCCUUAAUACAAGCAAAAUGAAGACUUUGACUAGGGUCCAACCAGUGUUGCACUCCAUGCCCACUAUGGUGGUGACAAGCCACCAGCCACGAGAACUGCAUAGAAGGCAGAAGUUGGACCCUGGGAAGACGCAGGCCAAAAUCCGGUUAAUGAAGACGAUGCUCAGGAACCGGCAGACCUCUCUGCGAGAGCUCCAAAGCCAUGAGCACUUCCUCGCCAAGUUCAACGAGGAGCUGAUCGAGAGCAUCCAGGACAUGGAGAACAGCACGGCCCUGAACGUGCGGGCCACGCUGCAGCAGCAGGACAUCCUGACGACCGUCAUUGACAUCUUGGAGUACUUAAACAAGAAGAGGCUGCAGCAAUUGAAGUCUGAGCUCCAGGAGUGGGAAGAAAAGAAGAAAUGCAAGACGAGCUAUCUGGAGCAGCAGGUGGAGCAGCUGAAUGCCAAGAUCGACAAGACCCAGGAGGACGUGAAAUUCCUGAGCACUUACAUGGACCAUGAGUAUUCCAUCAAGUCUGUCCAGAUCGCCACCUUAGUGCGGCAGCUGCAGGAGGUUAAGGACAGCCAGCAGGAUGAGCUGGAUGACCUCAGUGAGAUGCGCAGAAAGGUCCUGAAGUCCUUGUCCGACAAGAUUCAGAAGGAGGAGAAAAAAAUUCUGAGUUCUCUGGUGACAAAAACCCAGCAUCCCCAUGAGAAGGCUCUUCUACAGAUGGUUUGGGAAAGCCAGGCCUCGCUGAAAUGCAUUCACAGGUUGAGAAAAUUUCUUGGCCAGUUUGAGGAGAAUGUGCCUGUAUUAAGAGCUGAGGUAGAAGAGCUCCAGGCCCAGAUCCGGGAACCCCGGGAGGUCGUAUUUGAGGAUGUUCUGCUUCGGAGACCCAAGUAUGUGAUCAUUUUGCCACUGCCUCAUAGACCAGCCACACUCUGGGCCCACAGAGGCUCUCUGUUCUUGGGGAAGGCAGCCUGAUGUGGAUGGCAGAACCCUGGAUGGGAAACCCUGGGUUUCCACCUUGGAUCUGCCACUGACCAGGGGCAGAUGUGACCUUUCCCAUCUCUGCAGAGGCCUCUGAUUCCCAACUGUACAUGGCAGGCUGGGGUAUGUAAUCCCUGCGGACCCUUCCAGUUCACAGAUUCCACGUGUCAGCCAAGUGGGUAGAGUCUUCCACUUCUGCCUUUCUGAGGAAGGCAGAGUGGAGUGGGGCGGUUGGCUUCAGGGAACAAUAGCCUGGAAGACACCCCACAAGGACAGAAGGAUGUCCUCUACACUUGGCAGGUUUCUGGGCCCCAGGGGAAGGAUUUCCUCCCCAAACCAAUUCUUUGCCUGCCCUCCCUUGGAGCAAGCCGUCUGCGAUUGGGUUGGGGUCACCCAGGCUUGCGUCUCCAUGAUAACACCACAGAACCAUGCAUGGCAGAGCCUAGCAUUUGCGAAUUCUUUAAUUUUUCGUCUUCAUCUCUGUCUGUCUCUCCCUCCUAUCCUUCUCCUUCCUUCUCCUCUC